AUGUGUAGAAAAGCAAUAGAGCAUGGUGGUCAUGUUCUCAUUGCUCGUAAUGUGGAUCACGCUUCAUUUGAAUUUCGACUACAACACAUAUGUUUCGGGAAAUCAGAAGAUCUUCCAUGUGGAAAUAAGAGCUCUCACAUGGAAUUAAUGGAAUCACGGCCAAGCUAUUGCUCAAACUGGUAUGGGCCCAAAAUGGUUAAGCAUACUCUCCUCAAAUCAGUACCACAUAGUUAUCACUUAACAUGUUCUGUCAAAUUCAGCUUCACAAUCAGUAACCUGGACGACCAACCCGUAGGAUCAGACCAAUCACAAACUGUGAAAAAAGAUCACUUUGACCGCAAGGUCCAACACACUCCAUUCCCCGAUCAUCGUCAGGUACAUCACUGCUCUGAUACAUACGGUUGUCGUGAUGGCCUCAGGCUAUCCGCAAAAGUCACACUCCCGCGUGAUGGCUUCGGUCUCCGCCGCAAGAGGCUUUCGUCCCUGGACCUUGUUUUCGGGCGAGGUAUUCGAUGUUUCAUUUGUUUGUUCAUUGUCUGGGGGGAAGUUUGGAGAAGAUCGUCCUCGGCUUGUGGCGUGGAUUGCGUCUGCAGAGGCCUGACCUUCCCGGGAUCUGCCAUGCCUGGCCAAGGGGGCGUGUCCUCCUGGAGGGUUGUAUCUCGGUAUCGACGUGAGCAUGUCUAUCGCGCAGUGUUGGUUGGGCAGACCGAAUUGGCUUCGCGCUCGGCACCUGAGAGAUGUGUUGGUAUAGGUGGCACUCUCAUUCCCUAUUCAAGUGACCAGAUAUCAGAGCCGGGUAAAGGCUACUCCCCCCACACACAUAGGAUGCUACUAAGUGUAGUUGUCUCUCCUGAGCUCUACCAGAUGGGUGGAACAGCAAACUUGUGA